GCAUCAAUACGGGACAAAGGACAAGCUCAUGUUGCUGUUUAUCCAAAACAAGAAGAAGGCAAACAAGAGACAGCUAGCCUUAACCAGGAAGAAGUGGAGAAACUAAGAUCAUUUUUCAGCACUCUGGAAAAGCUUUCUGGCUCCCAAUUCCCGACAGCUACAACUUUAACAGGAUUCCACUUUGCUGUAACCGCACUGGUUGGGUUUGUGUCAAAUUCAACGGGAUACACUGCAUCGAUGCAUGUUCCUUUGUGGGAACUUCUAUGGUUCUCAAUUGUUGCAAAUAUGUCAAUUGCAGCAAUGAAUUUCAGCCUUAUGCUAAAUUCUGUUGGAUUCUACCAAAUAUCCAAACUCAGCAUGAUCCCGGUCGUUUGUGUCAUGGAAUGGAUCCUUCAUAAUAAGCAUUACUCAAAAGAAGUUAAAUGGUCUGUUGUGGUUGUGGUCAUAGGCGUCGGUGUUUGUACAGUGACUGAUGUCAAAAUUAAUGCCAAAGGUUUUUUAUGUGCUUGUGUAGCAGUUUUGGCGACAUCAUUGCAACAAAUUUCAAUAGGGUCUUUGCAGAAAAAGUACUCGGUUGGAGCUUUUGAGUUGUUGAGUAAGACAGCUCCUAUUCAGGCCAUCUCACUGCUGGUAUUGGGUCCUUUCAUCGACUAUUAUCUUAGUGGAAACCUUAUAUCAGAUUACAUUAAAAGCAUAACUUCUGGUGCAAUUGUGUUCAUACUCCUUUCAUGCUCGUUGGCAGUUUUCUGCAACAUUAGCCAGUACCUGUGCAUUGGACGUUUCUCAGCAGUUUCAUUCCAAGUUUUAGGUCAUAUGAAAACUGUAUGUGUGCUGACGUUGGGGUGGGUGUUGUUCGAUUCACAGCUGACAUUGAAGAACAUAUUGGGGAUGCUGGUUGCAAUUGCAGGGAUGAUAAUUUAUAGCUGGGCAGUGGAGGCUGAAAAGGCCUCUUCCAAGGUUACAACUCAUACUAAACACAGCUUAACUGAAGAGGAACUAAAUUUACUCAAGGAAGGAUUGGAGAACAUUCCCAUCAAGGAUUAUGAACUUGGAGAAUCUAAAUAGCUGAGAUUAUAUCGUUUAUUUAUGUUGCAGACAUUCCCAUCAUGCAAGGAUUAUUAUGAGGUUAGGAGAUUGAUUGACAUCUGUGUUAGUUUUGGACGCAACUUUAUAAAUCCUUUUUGUUUGGCAAUAUAAGUCAUUGUAUAC